UAUAGACACAUUCAUCAUCUAUAUACCCAGCAUUCAAAUCAGACAUUGUAUUUCGAUAAAAAAAAAAAAAAAACAAAAAAAAUGCCAGUUUUGAGACUCAAUUCUUAUUACAACAAAUUCUUCCCAUCCUCGAGGAUACGUUGCAAGGUGUUGGAGCGAAGACGGUACUUGAUGAAGGUCGCGCAGGUGCGAAAUAGGUACAUCAUGAGGCUCAAACAGAAUUCACAACCCAGAUGCGAUGCCACAUACACGGAUAUUCCCGAAUCCUUGAAGUCUAUUAUUGAGAGGAAACUGCUCUCGAAGCGUGUUAUCGGUAGCUUUCGACUGAGAUUCCACUGCAAUUCGUUCAAGAAGAGGCUCGAGAUCACAGCCACAAUAACCAACCCCACAGUUCCGUCGGACACGGAUCUUGCUUCGGAGGAUGAGCAGCUUUACGAGCUGUACAUUUGCAGUAGCCAGGGUAAAUUGCUGGGCAAGAUUCCCUUCCUGGAGAGCGACUACCGGCGUGCAGCCCGCGAGGCCAUCGAUUUCCUGGGCAUCUAGGCAUUCCCGAAAA